AUGGAAAAAACUGAGCAAUAGCUUUAUGGGUCACUUCUUCCCAAUAUCACUAAAAAGGUCAGGGGAAUCAGUAGUAAAAAAUUAAUUAUAGCAGCAUUGGCUACACUAGCAUGCUCUUCUGCAAUUUACAUAAACUUAACAGGCUCAAAUUAAAGUGAUCUUGCAUCAUUAUCCUAAACUCACAGUUAAAGUUUCCUUCAAGAUACUUCUUCCAAAUGGAGAAAACUAAACCCACCAAAGGGGUUGGAUUAUCCAAAUAGUAUGGACAACCUUUAAAUCUCUCCAGAGGGAAAUCUAUGGGCAACUGCAUAUCUUGGAUAAUAAGAUGAUUCUGAGGAGCCAACUUAUGGAACAUACUACUAUAAUUUUACCACAGAAAUUUGGGGAAGAUUUAGAACCUGGUAUGACGUUGAUGCAAUUGAUUUCUCUCAUUUAUCAGGGUCAGACGAAGAUAAUAUGCUUCUCUACGAUAGUGAGAACAACCUUCAUCAGUAUAGCAAGAAAGAUUUCUAAAUGGUUAAAAGAGUUUCUGCAUUGGAAAUUUCUCCAUCAGGUGCGUAUCAUAUCUUGAGAGACGAAAGUCUUGGAGAUAGUGAUGAGCCUCUUGAUAAGCUAAAGUAGCAUUUGAGCACUUAGGGUACUCCUUAUACCAUAUAUGAGUCCUCUGAAGUAUCUAAUAUUGAGUUAAGAGGAGAAGAGGCAGUAGUACUAACCUAAGAUGAUACCUUAAGAGGUUAUGGAGAUUUAAAAUUUGAAAAUUUCAAGAUUGGAAACGAUAACUCCCUAUGGGGUCUAAAUCUUGAUGACAAAAACUCAAAUUUUGAACAAACAUACGAUUCUGAAGAUUAUCGCGCUGAGUACUAAUUGCUGAAAUGGAAUGAUCAAACCUAAUAAUGGGACAAGAUCGAAGGAGUUUACGCAAUGAAUUUCGCUGUUUUAGAUAGUGAAAGGUUGGCUAUUCUCGACAGCAAAAAUCAAAUCUGGGUUAACUUUGAUUGA